CUGCUGCUGCUGAAGAAAUCUUCCGACUCUGUGAAGGAACCAUCGUCCAGUACGAGCAGGAGCUCUGUCGUCAGCGCAGACUGCUGGAUGUCAUCUGGAAACCACAGCUUCAACUUCACCGUCUAGAUCUCCCCCAGCAUUAUGUGACUGAAGACGAUUUCUACAACCAACAGAGACAUGUCAGAGUGCAACAGGAGGAACCUGAACCUCCACAGAUCAGAGAGGAACAGGAGGAAAUAGAACUUCUACAGUUUAUAGAGGAACAAGAGGAACCAGAACCUCCACAGAUCAAAGAGGAACAGGAAGAACCAGAACCUCCACAGAUCAAAGAGGAACAGGAGGAAAUAGAACUUCUACAGUUUAUAGAGGAACAAGAGGAACCAGAACCUCCACAGAUCAAAGAGGAGCAGGAGGAAAUAGAACUUCUACAUUUUAUAGAGGAACAAGAGGAACCAGAACCUCAACAGAUCAAAGAGGAACAGGAGGAACCAGAACCUCCACAGAUCAAAGUAGAACAGGAGGAAAUAGAACUUCCACAGUUCAUAGAGGAUCAAGAGGAACCAGAACCUCCACAGAUAAAAGAGGAGCAGGAAGAACAAGAAUCUAUACAAAAUGAAGAGAAAUGGGGGGAACCAGAACCUUCACAGAUUAAAGAGGCCAAUGAAGAGCUCUGCAUUAGUCAGGAGAAACAGCAGCUUGAUUUUAAGCAGGAGACUGAUACCUUGAUGGAGACUUUUACUUAUGAGGAAAAUGAGAGCAGUGAAGCAGAUUUAAACAACCAGCAGAGCUUUAAUGAAACUGAUAGUCAGGAUAAAGAAGGAAACCAACAUGAAGAAUCGACAACAACUACAGAUGAAGAGACAGACCCAGAGAACAGAGAUCAGACGAUCCCAAGUUUUGGUUACUUGUCUCGAUUUAGACUUCAUAAGAGAAUCCAUAAAAAAGGGAAGCAUUUUGCUUGUAAGGAAUGUACUAAAAGUUUUAGUAAUAUAACCUAUCUCAAAUCACAUAUGCGAACCCAUACAGGAGAAAAGCCUUUUUCUUGUACAGAAUGUGAUACAAGUUUUAGACAAAUAGCCCAUCUGAAAUCACACAUGAGAACUCACACAGGAGAUAAGCCUUUUUCUUGUAAAGAAUGUGACAAAAGCUUUAGUCAGAUGCAUAGUCUCAAAAGACACAUGAGAACUCACACAGAAGAGAAGCCUUUUUCUUGUCAAGGAUGUGACAAAAGCUUUAGUCAGAAUAAUACUCUUAAAGCACACAUGAGAACUCAUACUGGAGAAAAGCCUUUUUCUUGUAAAGAAUGUUAUAGAGGUUUUUCUCAUGUAUCUAAUCUCAAUAUUCACAUGAGAACUCAUACAGGAGAAAAGCCUUUUUCUUGUAAAGAAUGUUAUAGAGGUUUUACUAAUGUAUCUAGUCUCAAAAGUCACAUGAGAAUUCAUACAGGAGAAAAGCCUUUUUCUUGUAAAGAAUGUGAUAGAAGUUUUAGUCAUAUAUGUGCUUUAAAAAGACACAUGAGAAUUCAUACAGGAGAAAGGCCUUUUUCUUGUAAAGAAUGUGAUAGAAGUUUUACUCAUAUAUGUGCUUUAAAAAGACACAUGAGAACUCAUACAGGAGAGAAGCCUUUUACUUGUAAGGAAUGUGAUGCAAGGUUUAGUCGUAUAGCUUAUCUCAAAAAACACAUGAGAACUCACACAGGAGAGAAGCCUUUUUCUUGUAAGGAAUGUAACAAAGGUUUUAGUCAUAGAUCUAGUCUUAAAACACACAUGAGAACUCACACAGGAGAUAAGCGUUUUUCUUGUAAGGAAUGUGAUACAAGUUUUAGUUAUUUAUCUAAUCUUGAAACACACAUGAGAAUCCAUACAGGAGAAAAGCCUUUCUCUUGUAACAAAUGUGACAAAAGUUUCAGUGAUGUAUCUAAUUUCAAGAAACACAUGAGAACUCACCCAGGAGAUAUAACCUUUCCUGUGUAAAGGAUUUUAUUUAAGCUCUUUACUUAGGUAAGACAAGGAAACCCAGCAGUAAAAUACAUUAGGGCUUGACAUAAAAAGAGGGGAAUAUGAUGAAAAAGUAGCACUUUUCUUUGAUCAAUAAUAAACGGGAAUUUAAUACAGAACUCACACAGAUUGAGAUUUUGUUUUUUUUAUUGUAUGUUGGAAACAACUCAAAGUUCAUGAAAUUAAUUAUUAUGGCCCGCAGCGGUCACAGACUGCAAGGACCAUAUUGUAACUGCUACAAUGGUCGAACACUGAAAAAGGUUAAAAACGUCAAAAACGCGUCAAAAUGCCAAAAAAUGAGGUCAGAAGUCAGCCAAAGCAAAAUCGACAUGAAAAUUGUGUAACGCAACAAAAGUACACACACACACAACACUACCGAAAAAACGUCAAAAUUGUAAUCGCAAAAAUGACGACAAAAACACAAAAAAGCCCUCAAAGGAAGGGUUUACAGCCCCCAGAGAAUGUCAACCCCCCCUCCCCCCAUUGACGAUGCUUGUAAAUUGUUUAUGGGGCCAAGAUUUUUUUUUUUUUUUCAAAUUAAAGCUACAAAAUCAAAACACGCGUGUUGGAGAUAUCCCAAUACAAUCAU